AUGUCCGCCGUGGCGAAAACUUCCAAGUACACCUACCGCAGCAGCGGCGGUGGCACCACCGACGUCAACAUCGAGUACAGCGCCGACCUGAGUGCUCUCUCCAGGCUGGAGGACAAGAUUCGUCUCCUCCAAGAUGAUCUGGAAUCCGAAAGGGAGCUACGUCAGAGGAUCGAAAGGGAGAAAGCAGAUUUGAGCGUGCAAGUGAUCCAGCUCUCGGAGAGGCUGGAGGAGGCUGAAGGCGGAGCUGAAAGUCAGUUCGAGAUCAACAGAAAACGUGACACCGAGCUGACUAAGCUCCGUAAGCUUCUUGAAGAUGUACACCUGGAGUCAGAGGAGACCACUCACCUGCUCAAGAGGAAGCACCAGGAGAUCGUGGUCGACUUCCAGGAACAAAUCGAUAAACUCACCCACAGCAAAUCCAGAGUCGAGAAGGAGAAAUCCAAAUUCCAAGCCGAAGUGUACGAGCUGUUGGCCCAAGUGGAGAACGUGACCAAGGAAAAAAUUACAAUUUCCAAGACUUGCGAGAAACUCGAAAUUACUAUUAGUGAACUUCAUGUCAAAAUAGAAGAGCUGAACCGCACUAUCGUCGACAUCACGUCGCACAAGCAGCGUCUGUCUCAGGAGAACGUUGAGCUCAUCAAGGAAGUUCAAGACCUUAAGGUGAACAUUGAAAACGUUGUGUACCUUAGAAGCCAGCUGGCCAGCCAGCUCGAGGACGCGCGUCGUAAGAUCGAGGAUGACGAGAGAAGGCGCUCUCUACUUGAGGCCAACCUUCACCAGGUUGAAAUCGACUUGGAAUCCGUCCGCGUGCAACUGGAAGAGGAAUCUGAGGCUCGCUUGGACCUUGAACGCCAGUUGGUUAAGUCCAAUGGUGAAGUUCAACACUGGCGAUCUAAGUUUGAGGCAGAAGCCGCAGCCAGGUCUGAAGAAAUUGAGGAGAUUCGUCGCAAGUACUCUGUGCGCAUCCAGGAGCAAGAGGAACAAAUCGAAACUCUCAUCGUUAAGAUCAACAACGUUGAGAAGCAGAAGUCACGCCUGCAGAGCGAGGUUGAAGUUCUCAUCAUUGACUUGGAGAAGGCCAAUGGAACAGCUCGCGAGCUCCAGAAGAGGACUGAACAACUUGAACGCGUCAACAUUGAGAUCAAGUCACGCUUGGAGGAGACAGUGCAACUAUACGAGCAGAGCCAGAGGGAUCUGCGCAACAAGCAAACCGAAAUUCAGCGCAUCAGUCACGAGCUCGACAAGACUCGCGAACAAAAGGACGCCCUUGGCCGCGAAAACAAGAAACUGGGUGAUGAGUUGCACGAUGCCCGCGCCAAUCUCACGGAGUUGACCCGCCGUCUUCACGAGCUCGAGAUCGAGCUGCGCCGUCUUGAGAACGAGCGAGAGGAACUCACUGCUGCUUACAAGGAAGCCGAAGCUGGCCGUAAAGCCGAGGAGCAACGUGCCCAAAGGUUGGCCUCCGAGCUUGGCCAGUUCCGUCAUGAGGCUGAACGCCGCCUCCAAGAGAAGGAAGAAGAAAUUGAAUCUAUCCGCUACAACAUGCCCCCAAUUAAAGUUCCCGAAAGAAAGAAAUGGACAAAGCCACCAACAGCCAUUUAUGAAAAUAACUAUGGUUACGGAAUUAAUUUUUAUCAACCGAUGAUUGAUUAUAUUACGGCAAAAAAAGAAGGAUCACAAGUGAAACCUCCACACUUGCCAUGGAGCAAUGAACGAGGCCUCGAGAAAUACAGAUUCGACAAACCGGUGAAAACGUACUCUGACGGUGACGUAUUGAAGUUAUCGCAAGAAGUAUCCGAGAAAGCUAAACGUGAUCUUAAUACUUUGAAUGUUGGAAGAAGGACACCAUUUACAGUAGUUCAAACAGCUGCGGCUGCAAAUUUAACAAAACAUAUGGGAGUUAAAAGUGUUUCCGUGAAAACCCGAAAGAAAAAAGUUGAAAAAGAAAAUAUCAGAAUCGAACGACAUUCGAGGAGAGAUGAAUUAGAAAAAUCUCUUGACUUGUAUAAUGCACAAUUAAACGUAGGAGCUGAAUUAAAAGGUAAAGCCAAAGUAUACCGUGGAAAAUCAGCUAAAGCAAUUGCCCAAACUUUGUUAGAGGAAACUAGAAAUAAUGUAGCGGAAGGGAAAAUUAAAAGACUUGAUAUCAAUAUGGAAAAGUUCGGUGUCAGUGAUGCUGUUGGCAACAUAUCAAAAAAUAUUGUUUUGAAAUCGUCAGAUUCAAAAUCAAGAAUUGAUUAUGAAAAUAAAUUAGAUGAAAUAGCAGCGAUUGCUAUGAAAACUCCAAAAGUGUGUGUUGUGCAAAUCCAAACUGAAAUCCCCACAAUAAAUACUGAAUAUGUACAAAAAAUAAACGAAUUAAAAGAAACUAUUAAUCAGUUUGAACAAUUGAAUACUAGUUUGCUAUUUGACCAAAGCAAGCAAACCAGCAUCGAAAUCGAGCAGUUGAAUGCUCGUGUUGUGGAAGCUGAAACCAAGCUGAAGACCGAAGUUACUCGUAUCAAGAAGAAGCUGCAAAUUCAAAUCACAGAGCUGGAGCUGUCCCUUGACGUUGCUAACAAGACUAACAUCGACCUUCAGAAGACCAUUAAGAAACAAUCUCUGCAGCUCACCGAGAUCCAAUCACACUACGAUGAGGUCCAGAGGCAAUUACAAGUAACUCUCGACCAGUAUGGCGUCGCUCAACGCAGAAUCCAGUCGCUCACUGGCGAAGUUGAAGAGAUCCGUGGCAACUACGAACAGGCCCUCCGUGCCAAGCGUUCCGUCGAACAGUCCUUCGAGGAAGCGCAGACUCGCAUCAAUGAGUUGACCGUCAUCAAUGUGAACUUGUCAAGCAGCAAGGCCAAGAUCGAGCAGGAACUCGGCGCUGUCGCCGCUGACUACGAUGAGAUCACCAAGGAGCUCCGCAUUGCCGAUGAGAGAUACCAACGCGUCCAGACUGAGCUGAAACACACCGUUGAAAUCUUGCACGAGGAACAAGAAAGGAUUGUAAAGAUUGAAGCUGUCAAGAAGUCUCUCGAAAUUGAAGUCAAAAACUUAUCUGUCCGUUUGGAGGAAGUUGAAGCUAAUGCAAUUGUUGGUGGCAGACGUAUCAUUAGCAAACUGGAGGCUCGCAUCAAGGAUAUGGAAUUGGAGAUGGAUGAAGAGAAGAGAAGACAUGCUGAGACCAUUAAGAUCCUCCGUAAGAAGGAGCGUCAGGUCAAGGAAAUCAUGAUCCAAUGCGAGGAAGACCAGAAAAACAUCUCCCUCCUCCAAGAUUCUUUGGAGAAAGUAACCCAGAAGGUUUCUAUCUACAAGAGGCAGUUGUCAGAGCAGGAGGGCGUAUCCCAGCAGAGCGUAACGCGGGUACGACGAUUCCAGCGCGAACUGGAAGCUGCAGAGGACCGUGCCGACGUCGCUGAGAGUAAUUUGUCACUCAUCCGCGCGAAGCACCGCACCUUUGUCACCACCUCCACCGUGCCCGGCUCCCAGGUCUACCUGGUCCAGGAGUCCCGCGCCCUCAGCUCGGAA